CCGCCUCCAGCCGGAACCGAAUCCAAUUCAGCAACUUAAGCUGGGAAUAAAAAGGAAAGUAGUGAUAAAUUUGGGGUUUCAUUUUUGCUUCAAUAUUCCAAGCUCUGAGUUUGCAUGGCUGCCUCGUCUCCCAGCUCUUGCGUUCCUUCUCUCAGAAACCAUCAUCAGCAGCCACAAUUCUAUUGUCACCGCCCAAGUAUUAGAAACCCUCGAAUUUGGAAUGUUUUCUCGGGGAAGCUCAGUCGAUUCCCAUCCUUUGUUAUCUCGUCUUCAAAGGGUGGUCUUAUUAAUUCCGGGAGAAAACGGAACUUGAUCAAAUGCAAUGUUUUAGAGGAGGAAAGCAGCGGCAGUAGUAUUAAUGCUAAAAAGGACGAGUCGUUCGUCGGGUUUUUUCGGGAAGCCUGGCCUUAUUUUUUAGCUCACAGAGGCAGCACAUUCGUCGUUUUAGUUUCAGCUGAAAUUAUUGAUCGCUCUGAUUUGGAUCAUAUUCUCAUGGAUAUUUCGCUUCUUCAUGGGCUGGGAAUCAAAUUUGUUCUGGUUCCAGGGACCCACGUGCAAAUUGACAAGCUUUUGAUUGAAAGAGGAAGAGAGGCCAAGUAUGUUGGGCGCUACAGGAUCACUGAUUCCGAUUCCCUCCAAGCAGCAAUAGAUGCUGCUGGCAGAAUUCGUAUCAUGAUUGAGGCAAUGCUGUCUCCCGGACCUUCCUUGAGUGCUAUUCGCCGACAUGGAGAUAAUAGUCGUUUUCAUGAUGGUGUUAGUGUUGCAAGUGGUAACUUUCUCGCCGCAAAGAGAAGAGGAGUUGUUGAGGGCACUGACUAUGCGUCAACCGGUGAAGUAAAGAAGAUAGAUGUUUCUCGCAUUCGUGAGAGGCUUGAUCAGGAUUGUAUAGUGAUCUUAAGCAAUCUCGGUUAUUCCAGCUCUGGAGAAGUGCUAAAUUGCAACACAUAUGAAGUUGCAACUGCCUGUGCCUUAGCUCUUGGUGCAGAAAAACUUAUCUGCAUCAUAAAUGGGCCAAUUCUGGAUGACAACAGACAUCUUAUUCGCUUCUUGACCCUUCAGGAUGCAGACAUGCUGAUUCGUGAACGCGCUAAACAAAGUGAGACAGCUGCAAAUUAUGUAAAAGCCGUUGGGCAAGACGACCUGACUGGUUUGGGAUGUAAUGUUUCGCAUGGAACAUCACCUUCUUUAAACGAGAAUGGUUUUAGCCAUAAAUAUAGUGCAACAUUUCAAAAUGGUGUUGGCUUUGACAACGGCAAUGGAUUAUGGUCUAGUGAACAAGGUUUUGCUAUUGGAGGUCAAGAGAGGCUAAGCAGGCUAAAUGGUUACCUUUCAGAAUUAGCUGCUGCAGCUUUUGUUUGCAGAGGAGGAGUUCAGAGAGUUCAUCUACUGGAUGGCAAGAUUGGUGGUGUUUUGCUCAAGGAGUUGUUUCAAAGAGAUGGUGUAGGGACUAUGGUGGCAAGUGAUCUUUAUGAAGGAACACGAAUGGCGAGGAAGACAGAUAUCCCUGGUAUAAAACAGUUAAUACAGCCUUUAGAAGAAUCUGGCAUAUUGAUCAGGAGGACGGAGGAAGAGCUACUGGAAGCAUUGGAUUCCCUUAUUGUUGUGGAAAGAGAAGGUCAAAUAAUUGCUAGCGCUGCUUUGUUUCCCUUUUUUAAAGAGAAGUGUGGGGAAGUUGCUGCAAUUGCUGUUUCUCCUGACUGUCGUGGUCAAGGACAGGGUGACAAAUUACUUGAUUACAUUGAGAAAAAGGCAUCUUCCCUUGGAUUAGAAAUACUUUUUCUACUAACAACUCGCACAGCAGAUUGGUUUGUAAGGCGUGGCUUCUCUGAGUGUUCCAUCGAACAUAUACCACAGGAGAGGCGGAAAAAGAUCAACUUAUCCCGCAGAUCCAAGUAUUAUAUGAAGAAGCUGCUACCUGACAGGAGUGGCAUCCGUUUGGAUGGUGCUUUUACUUGACUUGAUAUAUAAAUGGCGUUUGCGUUGGGAUUGAAUACAAUUUGAAAGUUGCGAAGUGAUGUAAUUUUGUUGUAAUACACAUCAUUUUACGGCUUUCUUCGGAAGCAAGACUGUAAGCCGGAGCCCUUAAAGUAGCUUCCUACGUUUCUUUUUAUUUGUGGGAAAAAUCGUCUAUCUGUAUUCAUGGAACUGCGUCAUCUGAGCCCAAAUAUACGGCUGAUAGAGGCUGCUGGUGCUGGGUACAGCAUUGGUCUCAUCCAUGAGUUGCAAUUUGCACUCCAUGGAUGUCGGCAUCCUAGUUCCUUUGUGUUGAGAUUUGUUUGCCAGAAGUUCAAACAGCCCUCUCGAACCAGGUUUUCACAAUUACGAAGCAUGAUAAACUUGUGCGAGAAGGAAGGUGAGCGGUACCCUGCUUCCUACCAGCUUUGAGAGUCUACUGAAAUUCGGGCUCCUUGUUUUCUUAUUUUAUGUUCUUUUUCUUGUUAAAUCUAAAGCUAAUUUUAGGGUCCAUCAUCA